GUCUCUUCAUUGUUGCUUUCACCCGUCGUCGCCACACUAUCGCUGUGAUUAACAUAUAAUCUGUGACGUGAUCGCCGAAAAGUGGACUUUGUUCGUUAGAAGCAGCAAUCGAACGGCAUGAUGGCUCUUAAGGAGCGUGACCCAAACGCGGUGGCUCCUCAGAGAAGGCCGAAGGUCGACUCUAAGAAGGAUUGCAAGAAAAGCCCCAAGUCAUCCUUAGUAAAGAAUACCCCGGUGACGGCAAGCGAGCUUGCCGACAUCUAUCUGGACCAUGAAGAGAAUGAGACGGUCCCAAUUUACGAUAGCUGCAAUGAUGUUCGGAAAAAGGUAAAGGCAUAUGUCAAGAAGUCUGGCACCAGCCAAGCUGCAUUUUGUCGCGAGUUGAGCGAGAUGAUGCCCGAGAGCCAUGUUCAAGCGCGCCAAAUGACCAACUUUAUGAAAAUAAAGGGACCAAAGGCUGGUGGUCACAGUACGCCUUAUUUUCCAUACUGCGACAUUUAGCAAUUGACGUUCUGUUGAUAUAUUUUUCUAUGCGGCCUACGUCUUCCUGGAGAAACUGAGGAUCAAGCAAGGAAAGCAAAAAGCUGGCAAGCGUGAGGAGAUGGAAGCACUUUGGUUGAAGAGUGGCGGCUUCCCCAGGGAAGGGAGUCACAACCAGCAAUAUACAAUGUUUGGCGAUGAGCGACCAGUAAUCGACGAAUACGGUCAGCUGCAGAUUGUUCACAUGGGCGGUGGACGUGGGUUUGGUCGCCGCAGUAGGCUGCGUUCAUAGCACGCUUG